GGGGAGGGCAGAGGAGAGGAGUCACGUGACAGUGGUGGGCGCCGCUGCCGCCGCUGCCACCGCCGCUUUGUGAGCACAUUGGGCAGAUUUUCUAUUUUGUACAUACAUUGUUUUGUAUAUACUGUAUAUGAUGACUUCGGUGGGCAGUGAACGUACUCGGGGCACUCGAGACAAAGCGCAGAUUUCGCCCACGCAGCUGACGCAACCACAGAAACCAGUAGUACAGGCAACAGCAGAACAAAUCCGCCUUGCCCAGAUGAUCUACGAUAAGAACGAUGCAGACUUUGAGGAUAAAGUGAAACAGCUUAUGGAAGUGACUGGGAAGAAUCAGGACGAUUGCAUAGUGGCUCUACAUGACUGUAAUGGAGAUGUAAACAGAGCAAUCAAUAUCUUGCUGGAAGGAAGCUCAGACACAACUUCGUGGGAGACAGUGGGAGGAAAGAAGAAAAGUCUUGGAAAAGAGAGUUCAGAAAACAAAGAGAACAGAGAAAAGCGAGGGGACAGAGAAGUAAGCCGUGGACGGGGAAGUUCCAGCAGACGAGGAAGAGGGGGAAGCCGUGGCCGAGAGUUUAGAGCAGAAGAGAACGGAGUGGAUAACAGCCAGGGGGACAGGCCUUCCGAUCGUGGGAAACGUGGCCGAGGCAGAGGAUUUGGACGUGGCAGAGGAAGAGGAGCAGGGAGGUUUUCAGCCCAAGGCAUGGGGACAUUUAACCCUGCAGAUUAUACGGAAUCUUCUGCCACAGAUGGCUUUGGAGCAAAACAAGAGUCUUGGGAGGCUGGGCAGAAUGAUGGAGAUGAUGGAACAGGAGCAUGGAAGAACUCAAUAGAAGAAUGGACAGCUGAAGACUGGAAUGAAGAUCUUUCGGAAACGAAGGUCUUCACUGCUUCAUCUGUUCCAGCUGAGAACCAUGUUGCUCCUGGGCAAAGCGUUGACCUGGGGACGCUGCUGCAGAAGCCCGGGACUUCUGGCCAAGAAACCGAGGCAAACUCCUUUGAGACUCCCCAGCAGCAAGGCUUUGGGCAGGCUUUGGUCUUCACGAAUUCCCAGCACAACUCUCAACUGGCCUCGGGAGCAAGCAACACGAGCGCUGUGAACUCCUAUUCUCCACAGAGCCUGUCUUCAGUCCUCUGUUCUGGGUUUGGCGAGCUUAGUUCUUCAAAACUGGCCAACUGCACUGGAUCUCAGAUCUUGGAGCAGCUGAAGCCUCCCGGCUUGGGCCAGUUCACCACCCAGAGUUCUCUCAGUACGAACUCCCCUGUUUCCACAACCACAGCAUCGUCCUGGGAUGUAAAACCUUCAGUUUCACAGCCUUCUAUCCUCAGCCAGUUCGACUUCAAAUCUCAGCCGGAACCAUCCCCGGUUCUGAGUCAACUGACCCAGCGGCAGCAGCAGCAACACCAGGCCCUGGGAGCGCCUGCCCCACCCCCUGGACUGGAAUCCUUUGCUCCACAGAAAUCACGAGAAACAACGCUGGGGGACAGUUCUGCGGCUGCCAGCAAGAUGCUGCACAUCCCCAGCUUGUCUCCAGAUAGCCAGGUGGCGCAUGUCCAUCAAACGCAGCAGAAACAGAUCAAGCCACAGAAACGGAGGAUACCCCCAGCUUCUAAGAUCCCUUCCUCUGCCGUGGAGAUGCCUGGAUCUACUGAUGUUUCGGGGUUAAACGUGCAGUUUGGAGCUCUCGAGUUUGGGCUGGAACCUUCUCUCUCGGAGUUUGGGUCUGUUUCAAGCUAUGAGAACACCAGCCAGCCACCCAACAACAUCCUGUACCCGAAGCCUGUAAAUGAUCCUUUGAAUACCUCUUUGCCAAUGUCCAAUACAGUACAGGAGUCCACCUUCUCCACCCCUGCCAUCACUUCUGCCAGCCUAAGCUGCUCUUCCCAGAGCGCCAGCCCUGUAACAACUACUUCCUCCUACGACCAGGCCUCUGUGCAUAGCAGGAUAACAUACCAAAGUUCCGUGCCUCUGUCAGAACCGGCCCCAGCUGUUGUCACAAAUGGACACAGCAGUGUUCGAACGCAGCCAACUCUUGACACUACUUCAUCAGCCCCAACGUCUAAGGCAGAAACCUCUCCUCCGUCGCUACCUGCCAAAGGCUCCUCCUUGCCUAGCACCACGGCUGCCACUGCUUUGCUUCUGCCUUUGGCACCACCGCAUACAGCAACAGUUCCCAGCUUGCCCCAGUCAAAUGACUUGGCCAGCAGCUCCCUCUCCCAGUUAAGCAGUUCCCUCUCAAAUCAUCCGAGCAGCCUCGCUUCUGCCUCAGCACUGUCUUCAUCUACAUCACAGACGCACACGGCCGCUGAGAACUCGACUGCGCUCCAGCCUCCCGCAACCUUCUGUGUCGCUUCCACCUUGGCUACCACCUCUGUCUCCAGCCUGGCCAGCAGCAUGGUCAACACUACCAACAGCCUCGGCCUGAAUGUGACCAGUGUGUCUCUGCCAGCUCCCACCACGCGGGCAGCUCCCAUGGUGUCUUCAGGCAAAGCACCUCCCAACCUGCCCCAAGGUGUACCACCCUUGUUACAUAACCAGUAUAUUGUGGGACCUGGAGGACUUCUGCCGGCCUACCCACAGAUUUAUGGUUAUGAUGACCUUCAAAUGCUCCAGUCCAGGCUGCCUAUGGAUUACUAUGGAAUUACAUUCCCUGCUCCUGCAACCUUGACGGGGAGAGAAGGGAGCCUUGCUAACAACCCGUACUCAGGUGAUGUAACAAAAUUUGGCCGUGGAGAUUCUGCCUCACCUGCACCUGCUACCACCCUGGCUCAGGCACAGCAGAACCAGACACAGACACAUCAUACGGCUCAGCAGACCUUCCUCAAUGCCACGCUACCGCCAGGGUACAGCUACACCGGGUUGCCCUAUUAUGCUGGCGUGCCGGGAGUCCCCAGCGCAUUCCAGUACGGGCCCACCAUGUUUGUCCCUCCCGCCUCGGCCAAGCAGCACGGCGUUGGCUUAAACGCCGCUUCGACGCCCUUCCAGCAGGCAGGCGGCUAUGGCCAGCACAGCUACGGAGCAGGUUAUGAUGACCUCACUCAAGGAACGGCGGCCGGAGACUACAGCAAGGGAGGAGGGUAUCCUGGGUCUUCCCCAGCACAAAACAAAGCAUCUGGCAGCGGACCAGGGAAAGGUGUUUCUGUGACCUCAAGUAACACAGGUGUGCCUGAUAUUAGUGGUUCAGUCUACAACAAGACUCAGACGUUUGACAAGCAGGGAUUCCAUGCUGGCACUCCACCCUCGUUCAGCCUGCCCUCAGCCCUGGGCUCUACAGGGCCCUUGAACCCGGCCGCCGCCGCUGGCUAUGCUCCGGCUCCGUUCCUUCACAUCCUGCCUGCCCAUCAGCAGCCUCAUUCUCAGAUGCUGCACCAUCACCUUCAGCAGGAUGGACAGGGUGGAUCUGGCCAGCGCAGUCAGCCAAGCGGCAUGCAGCAAAAGUCUCAGGCUACCAAGACCGCCUAUGGAACGUCUCCGUAUUGGACGAAUUAAGCCCAGACAGGAAGGAAGGAAGGAAGGGGGCGGGAGAGCAAAACCACGCGUUGCAGCCAGUGCUGGUUCUCGGACUCCCACACCUGCCAAGAGAC